CGCCGCUAUUUCUACCUCCCCGCCGGCGCUACUCGUCGCGCUCUCCACCGGUCGCUAGCUCGUCCGCUCUCUCUCCAUCCAUCCAUCCCCGUCCCCGCGAUCGCCGAGCUAGCUCGAUCUCCACUCUCCAGCAGAGUCUAGAAGCACACGUCCGUCCGGCGGCUUCCGUCGUCACGGAAGCUAGCUAGCUAGACAGCGCGCGCCGGGGCCCGGACGGCCGGUUUCUCUCUCGGCGGCGGCCAUGAACGACGACGCCUCCUCGUCUCCGGCUUCGUACAUCAGACUGGUGCAGCAUCUGAUCGAGAAGUGCAUCUGCUACAAAUUGAACAAGGAGGAGUGCAUGGAGACGUUGGAGAAGCACGCCAAAAUCAUGCCCGUCAUCACAUCCACCGUGUGGAAGGAACUGGAGAAGGAGAACAAGGAGUUCUUCGAGACGUACAAGAAGGAUCGGGGAGUAGGCCCGAACACGAACCAGGAAGCGGCUACUACUACUGGUCAUCAUCCUUCGCGCGUCCAACAGAGCUGCUGCUCACAAGAGUCGACGACGACGAUGCUGCAGCAGAAGAAUCUAUCUGGCGAACAGGAACAGCGCGUCGUGGAGAAGGAGAAGAGGGAGUUGUUCGAGACGUACAAGAAGGAUCGGGGAGAAGAGUCAACGCUGCAGAAGAAGAAUCCAUGUGAUGUACAGGAAAAGCGCGUCGUGGAGAAGGAGAAGAGGAAGAAUCCUUGUGCUUCCAAGAGCUCACACGACAACUAGAACUCUCGCUCGAUCCAUCAGUUGCUCUAGCUAUAUAUAUAUCAGCAUCAUCGCCAGUGUGAUUAUGUGUGUAAUAUAAGUACGUACGUAGGGGCCUGCAUAGUCAUGUGUAUUAUUAUGAAUAGAUAGAUUUCUGUAGAUUAAUCCUAGUAGCAGUAGCACUCAGGACGAUCGAACAUUCUCGAUCUACAGGCACUGCCGUAGUACCAUACGCAGCAAGCAGGGUAGGGGGCUGCGUUGCAUGCAUGUGUGGGGGCCCUGCACACGUGGCGGGCGAAUAUUCACCCAGAGCUAGCUAUGCUUGUUUUGAAGGACA